CUUGCAGGGGCGUUUCAUUCUGAUUGGUCGACGCCCGAUGCCCGGUGUCCGGGUAAGAUGGCGUCGGAAGAGCAGUGCUCGGCACCACCUCGAUGGCGGUCGAUAUCCUUAACUCACGUAGAGUAUCCGGCUGGUGAUCUAACGGGGCAGGUGUUGGCCUUGAUGAGUCUUUUGCCCAUCGCGAUCCUUGUCGGCUUUGUCACUUUGAUCGUCUUCAAGAGAGAGCUACACACGAUCUCCUUUUUUGGGGGUUUGGUAAUGAACGAAGGGCUAAACUGGGUGCUCAAACACAUUCUACAGGAGCCACGGCCAUGCAGGGGAGGUCACAGUUCACUCACAACAGAGUAUGGGAUGCCUUCCAGCCACUCUCAGUUCAUCUGGUUUUUUGUUGUAUAUUUUUUUCUUUUUCUUUAUUUAAGAAUGCAUCAGACGAACAAUGCUAGGUGUGUUGAAUUGUUAUGGCGGCAUAUACUGUCCAUCAUUCUACUGGGCGUGGCUUUGUUUGUCUCAUACAGCAGAGUCUACCUCCUGUAUCACACAUGGAGUCAGGUGAUUUAUGGAGGUGUGGCUGGGGUGGUGAUGGGAGUCGUGUGGUUUUUUAUCACACAGGAGGUGCUAACACCAGUUUUUCCCAAGAUAGCAGCCUGGCCGAUCUCAGAGUUUUUUCUGGUGAGAGAUACGAGUCUCAUUCCGAACAUUCUGUGGUUUGAAUACACAGUGACCAGAUCAGAAGCAAGAAACAGACAACGAAAGCUGGGAACAAAAGUUCAGUGAUUUUCAGCAAAACCCCAGUGGAAACUGACGGAAAGAACCACAUAUGUACACACAUUUACACACACGUGCACACACACACUCACACACACAUUCAAACACACUGGAGUUUCAUCAUCUGGACUGUUCUGGUUGAUACACAAGCGCAGAACAGUGUACUUGUGGACCAAAGGAGCGAGUUUCACCUGUUCAUUCGCACCCCCUCCCUGCCCUUCCUUUAGACUGCCCCCUGCGUUCCUAAUGCAUGCAGACUGUGCAAGAGACAAAUACUAUUUAAUGAGAAAUGUAAUAUAUAUUUUAAUCAUUAAUGCUCGCAGGAAGAUCUUAACAGUGAUGAGGUGAAUCUGUCAGCAUGGCAUUACUUUUAUUUAUACGACUCAUUGACGGGAAUCUGAACAGGGGAGCAGGAGGGGAAAUGCGGAAACAAAUGCAACACUGAAUGCAGAUGAGGGGUGGCUGACGGACACUUGCUUUUGCUCAUUUGCAUAUCUUAGGAGAAAAAUAUCUCAUGAAAAUAUGCCCGAGUUACAUUUUACCCCGUAUGUGAUCCCUAAACACUUUUUUUACUAAAUUCCCCAAAAUUCUGUGCUUGGUUAUCAUGAAAUAAUCCCACACUGCCAAAAUUGUGAGUUGUCUUUCUUUAGGCAAUAAUAUUUUUUUUCUUACUUUUGGGGUAAAAUAUGGCCUGGACACGUUCUUGAGAUUUGCUCUACAUAAAGUGUAAUGUUAAAGAAAAAACUUGCACUUUGUGAAAUAAAAGACUUGUUUUUAUAAUAUUAACACUAGUUGUUUCAUAAAGGGCGAGCAUUAUUUUGUUCCUGUUUUUCAUCACUGGACUGUUUUGCUUAAAGUUGAUUCAUUGACACACGUGUUGUCUUCGAGUUUUGAUUUGUGCUCCCAAACACUGGAAGCAGAAUCUGUAAAUUAUGUAACGGGAACAAAAUUAGUGCCUGAAUUUGGUCCGAAAGAUGUUGUACUUUUAUUUCAACCCUGUAUGUUUUUAUGAAAUUGCGUUUCUAUUGUACUUGCAUUGUUUUUGUACUACGCUGUUGGUUAAGAUAUAGACACACACACAGGUUUGUUUAGUUUUGUUUUAGAAAGCUUUACGUCAGCUGAUGGCUCCUUCGUUUCGUUUUUUCAAUGUAAUUUAAAAGAUAUGCAGAAUCACUUUAUAAUACUUGUGAUUUACAUUCCUUAUAAAUAGAUACAUAUCAAUUCAGAUCUCCGAGGUUCUGACAGGUGGCAGAAAACGAAGCUCAGCGUUUUAUAUUAACGUUUAUUUUUUACUUUUGUCCGUUUUUGACCCUUUUUGUGCUGUCGUUGAUGUAGACGGUUUAGUCCGACACCUCUGCUUUGUUUUCCCUUUCAACAUUCCACAAUACCACAUUUUAAUAUUUAGGGACAACAAUGUAACUGCUAUUAGAGAACGAGAUUGCAAAUGGACAAGGAUGCCCAAACCUCAGGUGACCUCUAGCAUGUACCGAGGCCUCUGUUUUGUUAGGAUGAAACUGUCCUCGUUGGGGUGUUUAUAUAUUAAGGGAAGGGAGGUUAUUGCAUAACUCUAAGUUGAUCCUGUCUUUUAUCAUGUGUAAUUCAUAUCAGGCUGAAUAAUAAAAUAUGUUUAUGUAUGGA